AUGGCCGCGCGGCUCCAAACCAGGCCUCUCUGUUCUCACUGCUCUCUGUUCUCGCUGCAGCCUCGGCGAGGGGCGUACGCCGCCACGAGACUGAGCGUGUGGCCGGGGAUCUCCUCUGUAAACCACCCCGGCGGGGGUCGGGGGUGUCUCAGAGUCUUGGCCAUGGCCAAGCGUCGGGUUUUCACAGUCCCUGAGAUUGCUUCCGGUUAGUACUGUGCUUUCUCAUAUUUGAUAUAUCUGUGUAAAUUUAUUUAUGGAAUUAUGCCAUUAGUACCCCUGUAUCUCUAACUUCAUCUAAGGUAGAGUUGAAUUCCUGUGGAGAAACAGCGGAAAAACUGAUGGGUAUGCCAUCCGUGUCGCCAAUCUAGAGAAACAUGACGCAGUGCAAAUAUAUGAGGGAAUUAGUGCCUGUCAUAUCGUUUGCGUAUGAGUGCUAUUGUUGUGGACGGUGUUGCCUUCUUCAAACACAGACGAUAUUCUUCAUCCAUUAUGAGUAAUGAUGAAUUCCCAUGGUAUUAUUACGGUCUUCGUAACUUCCAAAGUUUUUUUUGACAUGGAAGAGAUCCUCUCUUCUCCCAAGGAAACCUUAUAGCUUACUGUUCUGCUUUUAUUUCAUUUCUGUGCAUCAUCAAGUACACUUAAAAUAUGUUCAUAUAUAUAUAUAUUUAGAAUAUUUAUUUAAAUCCUUGAUGUUGACUAGCUAGAAUCUCUGCAUAGGUUCAAGCACCAAAGGUAAUCGACCUGAUCAAGUUUUCAUAGAAAAUAGUCCUGAUAUGGAUUUAUUCUUCCUUCUGCUAUGGUGUUGGUGGAAGUAGAUUUUUGUAUCCAUCUAAUAGCGUGAAUAUAUAAUCUUGAUGUCUUUUCGCAGCUGCCGACCUUCAGUUCGAGUCACCCUUGAAGAUUGUGGAGUAUCCUGAUCCAAGACUUAGAGCAAGGAACAAGAGCAUUGCCACAUUUGAUGACAAUUUGAAGAGACUAGUUGAGGAGAUGUUUGAUGUUAUGUACAAGUAAGUUUUUUUUGAUAUUUUUAUUUAAUUCUUCUGAGAUUCAUUCCCACUGGAACAAUAGUUAGCUUCAUAUUAUCGUUCUGUGAAUUAUAUAAACGUACUCUAUACCAGAAGCUCGAUUACGAGUUUGCCAGUCCAACAGUUUUUUAGAAGAACAAAAGGAUGAGGCCUACUCUGCCUCAUUAAGAGAAUGGUCUAUCAUUCCUUAACGUUAAUGAAAACGGCAUUGGGGAUUGUAACCUAUCAAAUCGCGGCUUCAUGGAUCUCGUACCUCGGAAUCUUGAUAUGGUUAAAUUGGAUGGUUUAAGAUCCUCAGUAAAUGCGUUUUGAUUAUCAACAUUUUUGUAGUUUGGGCUAUGAACUUGUAGCCCCAAGUUCAGUGAUAUUUAUGAAUGAGUAUCCUGAAAGCAAUUUCUCACAUUAUAUUCUAUGCUGCCAUAGUAUUGUUAGUUUAGUGCGCAGGUUAUGUUGUUCUUGGCAGUUUAGCCUUUUAGAAACUCCAAAAGUUCAGCAAUAUAUCUUUUAUUAAUUUUGGAAGUUCAGCCUUUGAUUAUUGUUAUUAUUGUAAUUUAUUCUCAUUUUGGCUUACGUUUUGCAUUUUCUGCAAAGAACCGAUGGCAUAGGACUCUCAGCACCCCAAGUUGGCAUCAAUGUGUUACUCAUGGUAUUCAAUGCCGCUGGUGAACGUGGUGAAGGGGAUGAAAUUGUCCUCGUAAAUCCAAAAAUUUACAAGUACUCCAAGAAGACUCUGCUUUUCAACGAGGGCUGCUUAUCAUUUCCAGGGAUCUAUGCAGAUGUUGAGGUGAAGAUUAAAUCUUCAACUCUUUGCCAUUAUCGUUUCAAAAUUUGAGUUGUGUUUUCUAUUAUUAUAGUGCAGUCAGACGAAAAUUUGCAUCUUCGUCAUUUCUUAUGAUUUGUGUAUUUGAUUACAUAGUGUUUGCCAAGUUUUUUGGAGGAUGUUGGGGUUUCUUCUAUGCCAUCUUGUUUUAGCAAGGAACUUGAGACGGAUAAGCAGAGGUUAAGUCAUGUUAAUUAAGGAAGCUGCCAUGAAGGCGUGAUUAUUGUUGGACUAGGUUUUAGAUUUUGCUGAUUCUAUUAGUUUUCUUAUUUAAGUCCAAUUUUGUUUUCUGAAGAGUACAUAGCCAGUUUUUUUUUUCUGAGAUUAUGUUCCUUACAUUGAAAUGUAUCCCUUCCACCUUCAAAAAAUCAUACCAAGUAGUACCAGAGCAGGGCUAAGAGAAGAAGACCACCUUUGGGACCGAAUUGAGUGCUUCAGAUGUUUGGAAUAACCGAUGAUGCAUUCUUCUUGAUUUAUGGCUUCUUUUGUACAUUGCACAUGAUUAGUCUGUUCCUUAACAAUUAUCCUAGGUCACCCAUUAAUUGGUAUCAUUAGUUAGAUAUUUUUUUCUGUGAAGUUCAAUGUAGCCUCUCCACUCAUACUUUCGGGGGGAUUGAUGUAGUCGAUUUUUUAAACCUUCUUGCAGAGACCAGCAUCUGUCAAGAUUGAUGCCCGAGAUGUUACUGGAGCAAGGUUUACGGCUAACUUAUCUGAACUUCCGGCACGUGUUUUCCAGCAUGAAUAUGACCAUCUGCAGGUCUUUUCCUAAAGAUAUCAAUGCCCUUAUUUUUCUUGUCGUUGAGUUGCCGGGAAUAUGAAAAGUCUGAAAGCGGUAACAUUCUGCGUUUCAAUUGGUGGUGCAAUUAAUAUUCUCUUUUGAAUUAUUAGCUGGGCGACAGAUCUACGCUCCAAUAUCAAGUAUCGGAUCCUGAUUCAAUCCUGUAUUUGCUGAUCUUGGCCAAUUCUGUUUGCCUUCUCCUUCAAAAAAUUCCAUUAGAGAGGAUCAGUUGACCCCACUGGAACAUAAAGAAUUCGUGGAACUGGUAAUGUUGUCUUGGAGCGACUUCCAUUAGACAAAACUUGAGGCCGAAGACCUGCAGGUCGUCGUUGUGGAGGCACCAUGGACUGUGAUGUUGUGUGGGAGCCGCUACUAGAAAACUGAACUCGAGUUUAUACAAGCUUUCAUCGUACCUUUUAUUAAAUCAACAAACCUUUGCUAUCGCAUCCAUGGUGCCCGUCUUUUUAGUGUAAUUGAGUGAGUUUGAGUUGACUUUGGAGACUUAAAGAAGACUGUGCCUGGCAUUUAAUGAAGUUUGAAGAUAAUCCAAGACAACUCGUAGUAUUCUUCUUUGUUCAUGAAAAUAGUGCAUUGAUCUCGCUGCUUACCACAAGUCAUAGAUCGAGAUCUGUGAAAACCUCUUUCUACGCUAUUAUCCCGCACAUAUCUACAUGCCAUUGCUCUACUUUCAGACUCUUUCUGUUGUUAACGUUCGCGAGAUUACUGCUAUUUAGGAGUGCUGACCACCGUGUGCAAAGCCCUCAAAGGGCCUUGUAGAUUUUUUUUCCUCCUCUCUUUAUAUGGGAUUAUUUGGAGAACCUGAAAUCUGGUCGACGCAUAGUCUGAAGGAUGGUUUUUUUUGUGAAUUAACCUUAUCUUAAACGCACCUGAGAAUUUCAUAAAGUGCAAGUCUUUGCACUCUGCUGCCCAGAUUUCUAUCGUGCUAAAGAAAGCGGUUGUGCUCUGAAUCCACAGGGAACUCUGUUCUUUGAUAGAAUGACUGAAGAUGUUCUUGACAGCAUUCGUCCAGCACUGCAGGUUUGCCAAAAUAUCUCUUUCUAUGUUUCCCAAUCUUUCCUUUCUUCAAUGAUCUCGUUGUUUGAUUGGUCGCGCCUGAUCCUAUCCAAAUAACUUCCAUUUGAGCGACAAAUAAUCUGCGAUUAUUUUAUUCCUGGUUCAUCGAAGAUAAUAUAUUUCAUAAAAGGGCAACUACCCCACCUGCGUUUUGGAAAAGAAAAGAAAACUGAUAUCAUGCUAGACGUUUAGGUGUUAGUUGUGAGGACAGGAAGAGAUCUAAGAUGUGAUCUACUGCGCCCAUUUGCUCUUCUUCUUGAUCCGGCGUUAUCUUGUGGAGCUAAAGUCAUUGAGAAUACUCCAUUAUGGACUAGUGGGUUUCUUUGCAAGAAAUAUGAUUCGUACUCAUGUUUUUAUGGCUCCAGAGUCUCCUCUAUUCCAAAAAAUAUGCUUAGCACAUCCUUUUAGAGUGAGAAAGAGAGAGAGAGAGAGAGAGAGAGAGAGAGAGAGAGAGAGAGAGAGAGAGAGAGAGUAGCUUGUGACACUGAUGAUCAUUUUGGUGAUGAUCUCAUUUUCUCGCCCAUUUUGAUGUAUUCGGUGUCAUUGCUUCUCAUAUUUCUCUACAAUUAUUGCAGGCCCUGGAGAAGAAAUAUGAAGACAGGACCGGGGUUCCUAGCCCUGAAAGAAUCGUUAAUUACACCAGGAAGAAAGAAGCCCUUGGUUUUGCUUAG